UAAAUUUCAUAUCAAAACAUCGAUACCACAAUGAUAUGUUCUUCGAAAUACGGUUUAAUUUUAAAUGUAAAUAUAGAAUCUUAAUACUGUAAUAAUAGCCCGUCAAUCUCACCAUAAUGAAAUAGAUAACUUAACGGACUUAACACAAAAAUGUAGAAUCGUCAUCAGCGAUGUCUAGGAGGUGGAUAUUUUUAUUAGCAGCUAUCGUGGCUACAGUGCAUUUCUCCAUAAUUAUAGUCAUGUUAAGCCCGUUAUAUGGUGCUAAAAAUUCUUAUUAUGGAGGAAGUUACGCAAAUCGUCUAUCUUUGAGACAGCCAAACGUAAACUGGUGUAAAGAAUUGAGAUUUCGUAUUCCACCAUCUAAUAGUGUCGUAGCAUUGGUGUCCUAUCCUGGAAGCGGCAACACUUGGUUAAGAUAUCUCUUGCAACAAGUUACAGGUAUUAUGACAGGCUCAAUAUACAUGGAUUAUGGUUUAAGAGUGCAUGGCUUCCCAGCAGAGAAUGUGACUAAUGGAUCAGUAUUGGUUGUUAAAACACAUGAAGGCCCUCCAUCAGAUCAUAAAUUUCAAGCGGCUAUACUCCUUAUAAGGAAUCCUAGAGAUGCCAUAUUGGCUGAUUUUAACAGAAUCCACAAAGGCCAUAUAGGCACCGCUCCAAAGUCUGCAUUCAAAAGGAAAACAAGGGAACAUAAAUCCGACUGGGCGACCUAUGUGUCCAUUGAGCUGAGAUCUUGGGAGAGCACCCACAAACAUUGGUUGAACAACUUUCCGGGACCCAUUCAUAUUGUGUUCUACGAGACUCUGGUGGAUAGAACUCGGCAAACCCUACAGGGUAUUUUGGACUUCUUAAAUCAUACAGUUACAGAGGAGGACAUGAAUUGCGCGAUGUACAACAAAGAAGGUAUAUAUAGAAGGAGAAAAAAAUAUAGAGAUUUCGAUCCAUUCACGCCGAACAUGUACGCGGCGCUUGAAACUGUCAGGAACAGAGUGCGAGACAUGGUCACAGACUAUCAAAGGACUCAUAAUCGCACAGAGUAAAAAUUAUUGCUCAUAGAUAAAUAAUAGUUCAAAUUUGUAGAUAAAAAGAAUGGAUUAUUUUCUAUUCCUACUUAGAAUAAGUGUUUUCGUCUCUGAACAUAAAACAUGUUGUCUUCUAAGUUCAUCGAAUACUUGAAUUAAUAUGAUGUGUGUGUUUAUUUGGUUUGUAAUAUUUUGUUUAGAAUAGUAAAGUUAGGUCAUGAAUUUUUUAAAGAUUUUUUAUGUUUUUGUACCUGGAAUCUUGUUACUUUGUUUUUAUUGUUUAAAAAUCUUAAAAAUUAAAAAAAAAUACUCGUUUUAAUUGUCAUAUUUUUAUAAUUAGUGUAAUAGAAAAUGAUUAGGCCUAAUGCGAUUUAUAUAUUUAUUUUUGUUGUAUAAAUGUUGUGUAUGUGUUAAGUGAAUUAAAUUGCUUCUCAUCUCUUAAACAUAUAAAUGCUAUGAGAAACCCCGAAAAAUAAAGUUCCUACUUAAACGAACUAUGAUCUUAAUUGAACAAACUUCAAUAUUUAUAUUUUCUAUUGUUAUUAUAUUACUAUGUUAGAUAGUUGUUUGUUUGUCGCUUAAGUAAAGAUUCCUUUAUAUUCCAUUGUAUAUUCAGUUUUCCAUUUUUAAUAUCUUUCCAAACAAAUUUCCGAUUAUAUGUUAUAAUAC